UCUUAGACGUUGGUGCUGUUUGCAACUUUAAUACAACUACAAUUGUGCUUGAAAUAUACUAAAUAUAAUGUAGCAUUAAAAUGAGUGUGAGUCAUGAGUAACCCAAGCAGAGCCCGUGUUGACUGGGUGAAGGAGGGGCUGAUUAUAGCCCUUAUAUACCUUUGUGAUACCACUCCCUCAGCUGGGCAUGCCUCUGUUAAUAAGAGCUCUUAUUGCACUCAACUUUCCUCAUUUCCUCGCACCGACCGCGCACGCCUUCACCCGCUCUUACGGGCUCGGACUGAUAAAGUUGGACGGCUCCUGCCUCAGUGGUCCGUCGUUUUGCAUGCGUUGCUGGCGGACCUCGAGUCCACAACAUCGCACAUUUCCAAGCGGCCACUUUUCCUGUCUGAAGAGGCCGCCUACUCCUUCCCCGUCAGGGGUCAGACCCAGCAAGACCCCUCCUCUCCCUCCCAAGUCCCACCCGCUCCCUCUGAGCAGCCUGUGAACGGACUUGAUGAAACAGAGUCCUUUAACUCGGCUCAGAAAAGUCCCUGGUCUCGAGAUAGCGACACCAGUCCAAGCCAACCCAUCGGUGAAGAGGACCACGUAUACAGCUUCCCUAAUAAGCAGAAGACCAGUGAGUCAUCAGCUGCCAUGAACUCGUCAUUGGGCAGCAACCUGUCGGAGCUGGAUCGCCUGCUGUUGGAACUCAAUGCUGUCCAGCAAAGCACCCCUGCCUUCCCCACAGAAGAAGAAGCAGCUCCGCCUCUGCCUGCCUACAGCACUGUCCACCAUAUCCAAGAGAACGGCGUCUCCACUGCAGGCAAAGCAGCUCCACCUGUGUUGGCAAAGCAAAAACAUGGUAUAGAGGAUGUACGACCAAGUGUAGAGAGCCUGCUAGAUGAGCUUGAAAGUUCUGUGCCAUCAGCCAUUCCCACACCCUUGGGGGUGUCAGAUGAACACACGGAUGGACAAGAUGACACGCUAUCACAACAACAAGCCAGAAUGUCAGCCUCCUCUGCCACACGAGAACUGGACGAGCUAAUGGCUUCCCUGUCUGACUUUAAAGUCCAAAGCAAUUCCGACACCCAGUUGUCUGUGAAUCAGGAUUCGGUCGACCCUUUGGUGGUAGCUGGUUCACCUUUUGUCCAAGGAGUAGCUGAACCAUCUAUAACUCCCCAUAUCAGUUCGUUGGAUACUUCUCUACCCUCUAGUUACACUACCCCCUCCUGUACACCUAUUCCCCUGGAGCUGCAUAUAGAUGAAGAUGGCUGCUCAGCCUCUACAUCUUCACCUCGCUCUACUGUAGUAAUCACAUCGUCUAAGAGCCUUCAGUACUCCGAGAAGAAUGACGGGGGCACUGUCACUUCUGAGAUGUCUCAUGUGGAUGUGUCGGUGACUAAAGUGUCCACAAGCAAAGUCUCAAGUCCACUUGGAAAAAGCUUAAGUCCAGUGACUGUUGGCAGAACUUCUAGUCCAGGUCCUGCUUCAGGGACCUCGAGUCCAGUUAUUGUUUCCAAGAAUCUUGUGACUGCGUCCAAAAACCCCAGUCCCGUUCUUGUAGCCAAGAGUCCCGUUCCCCCUGACAUUAAACCUGAAAACCUAGUCCUUAAAAGUCAUAGUCCACAAGCAACUACAAAGAGUCCAGUGACGGUGCCGUCCACUGUGAGGACAGGGCUAAAGAGCGCUAGUCCAAUAACGGUUCCUAGGCUUUCCAGUCCAGUUCCAAAAAGUGCAAGUCCCGUGACAGUCCCUAAUAUCUCUAGUCCGAUAACCGUCCCAAAGUGUGCUAGUCCAGUAACGAUCCCAAAGUGUGCUAGUCCAGUAACGAUCCCAAAGCUUUCAAGUCCAGUUCCAAGGCUUUCGAGUCCAGUAACAGUUCCAAAGAGUGACAUGGCAGUUCCUAAGAGUCCUGCUCAAGUCAUCAGAAAAAUGUACACAGUUCCAGGGACCAGCAGUCCCAGAGAUUCUCCAGUUCCACUUGCCGCCGUCCCAUCAAACGGCCGGUAUGUCCCUUCUGCAGAAAAUCAGGGCGGUGAAGCUCUGGAUUUAACGUGGCCUUGCCGGGAGCCAUUUUUGGAUGAUGCUUUAGACAAACUAUUAGCCCCUGACUCCACUCAACUGGGAGAGAACCAGCCAUCUGCUUCUGUCCUGCCUGGAGAUGAAGACAGAUGCUGGGAGGAGGAUGAUGGAAUUUACCCCGAAUUCAGCCGAGAGGGAACCCUGACACCCAUGACUGAGUCCAGCUGGGUGGACGAGUGUUUCACCCCUUCCACCUGUCCUGGGACACCAGAUGCAGUCCUGGACCUGCCGUCACAGCAGCCCUCUGCCGUCGAGCGACUAUCUGCUUCUGGUCAACUGAAGUCAGUUAUCCGCCGCACCAAAGAGACCACCAAUGUGCAUCCCAUGUACAGGGAGGGACUGCUGAGACGUAAAAUGGGACCAAUCAUCGUGAAGAAGAGCAACUCGCAAGAUCGACUUAUCGAAGAGCUGCAGGGGAAACUGGGCAUUGGGCGAGUGGAGCGCAGGCGCAAACAACAGCCUGAUGAUUGGCUGACGGAGGGAGUCAUUGUGACGUCCAACCCACAGCGGACGCGGGAAGAAGGAAAUCAUCCCUCUGUGGAUAAGAUCAUCAUCCCUCCCGAAUCACCCGCCCCACAGAGAAAAGUCCUUCCCCCUCCGCAACCUCCCCCCGCACCCAAAAAGCUGCCCCCGGUCAAGCAGACUCCUCCGCCGCUGCCACCGCCCCCUCCGAUGCCCCCUCCUCCUCGAGAACCGACCCCACCGCCCCCUAAGGAGCCCACUCCUCCUCCCCCCCCCAGAGAGCCCACGCCGCCUCCCGUCCUGCCCACACCUUCGCCGAGCCCCCCGCCCAAGCCCAUCACGCCGCCCCCGCCUCCCAAACUCUUUGUAUCAGUGGGUUGUCAGACGGAGUACGACCCCGUCUUCCCACCGAUGCAGAUCCAGUCACAGGGGAAGACUUCUCCCACUGCUGCCCCCAAACCAGCCAACAAGCUGGACAACAUGCUGGGAAGCCUGCAGUCCGACCUCAACCGGCUCGGAGUCCAGACGGUGGCUAAGGGCGUCUGUGGCGCCUGCAAGAAGCCGAUAGUUGGACAGGUGGUGACUGCCAUGGGCAGAACGUGGCACCCUGAGCACUUUGUGUGCACCCACUGUCAGGAGGAGAUAGGCUCCAAGAACUUCUUUGAGCGCGAGGGGCAGCCGUACUGCGAGAAAGACUACCACAGCCUCUUCUCGCCGAGAUGCCACUACUGUAAUGGGCCCAUACUGGAUAAAGUUGUGACAGCUCUGGACAAGACUUGGCACCCGGAGCACUUCUUCUGUGCCCAGUGCGGAGCCUUUUUUGGACCAGAAGGUUUCCACGAGAAGGAUGGAAAGGCGUUCUGCAGAAAGGACUACUUUGACAUGUUUGCCCCCAAAUGUGGCGGCUGCGCCCGGGCCAUCCUCGAGAACUACAUCUCUGCUCUCAAUUCGCUGUGGCACCCCGAGUGCUUCGUCUGCAGGGAGUGCUUCACUCCCUUCAUAAACGGCAGCUUCUUCGACCACGAGGGCCAGCCGUACUGCGAGUCCCACUACCACGAGCGCCGCGGCUCGCUGUGCUCCGGCUGCCAGAAGCCCAUCACGGGCCGCUGCAUCACGGCCAUGGGCAAGAAGUUCCACCCGGAGCACUUCGUGUGCGCCUUCUGCCUCAAGCAGCUCAACAAGGGCACGUUCAAAGAGCAGAACGACAAGCCUUACUGCCACGGCUGCUUCGUCAAACUCUUCAGUUAGGCUGCAUGUCCGUGUGCAAAUGCGCGCGAGCGUGCAUCCACACAUCUAUUUACGUGCACGUGUGGAUGGAUGUCCGUGUGCAUCUGUGUGGUUUUUCCAGACGGCGUGUGUUAACGCAUUUGUCAGUCACAUCAUAAGAAAGGCGGGAUAUGUCUCUGACUAUUAACUCAUGACACUGAAGGGACUUCUUUGGCUGUCCGACCUCUCAGGUUUGGCAUUUCACAAUUUUACUAAAGACAUUUAUAAGAGAGCCCAAAGAGAUUUUUAUUUUAUUCAUGUGCACAGUAGAAACGGCGACGAUGCUAAGACGCAGUUAAGAAACUUGUUAAGAGCCCUGACUUGUAAGAUGUUUUGUUCCCCCAUUUGCAGGGCAAGUCCUUGCGUAAUGUGGUGGUGAGCCUAUGUUGACAUAGUUUUAUGCAGAUAUGAGACAGUUGCUUGAUUGCAUGGACCAUUGGAGAGUUGACUUAAGCAGUUUUACAGUAUAUUGAGUGUUGAAUACUCAGUGCUUGGCCAAUGAGUGCUGAAAAAAGAUGUAUUUUUCUAGCUUUGGAAACGUUUGAGGUGCCAUUUAAAAAUAACCAUGAAUAAACUUCACAUGUACGCGCACGCAUACGCACGCACACUGAACCGCAACAUACUCCAACCUCUGCACUCCCCGACAACAGAUCCUUCUUAUGGUGCAUUUUAUAUGUUGGUGUCAUCCAGAUAUUAGUUUUUAUUUUUCUACAGUUUUCCUAUGAAAAUGAAACCAGGAGUUUUAACUUACAUUUCAUUCGCAUUUAUGCCAAAUUGCAACUGGGUUAUUUCCCACCGGAGGUGAAAUCGGAUAUUAAAAAUAAAAAACAACAAAAAAAUCAUUUAAGCCUUUUUACCUGGAGCGAGUUUUACAUUUGUGAUUUCUCUAAGUUGUGUGUCAUUCACAUGAAUCAUUUUCAAAUAAAAUUGAAGUGCUGCAACUAAUUAUAUCACAAUAUAGGUAUCAAAAAGAGUAAAAUACAUGGUAUGGUUAGAAAUGUUUUAAAUUUGUGGUGCAAUUCAUGAAAAAGACAAAGCCAAAUCAGAGUUUACUGACUUUACUCGUUUUGAGAUUUUACUGCUGUUUUCAUCCACGGAAACAGCAGUAUGAAUAGGAUGAUGCUUUAUCGCGGCAUUAGUUCCAUGUUGUACUGUUUGCUAGAUACGUGCAUCUCUCACCGUAUGAGAUUUAGUAAUGAGCUCGGUUGAAUUCGUUUGUGCUUUCAAAUUAGAAGCAUGCAAUUUAUUUCAGUUGCAUCAGCACCAGCUGCCAGUUGCUGUUACAAUCACAAUCUAAAUUUAUAUGCCUGUAAUACACUUUGUGGCAGAACUGUGUUUUGUCAUGGUUUUGAUGAGAAUUUAUAUAUUUGUGAGCUGUUGGGGUUCACACCGAUAUGCAAAGAGCUGGCUCUAUUGGCAUGUAAGCUAACAAUAGUUUACCCUGGUCUCAUUCUGUCACACACACACACGCACACAAACACGCACGUAUGAGUGUGUCUAACGUCAGAGGGAACGCAGAAUUCAGAAUCUUUUUAUUAUAAACUGUGAUCUGAUUUGGGAUCAGUGCAGACCUCACUGAUGGAAGCUGGAUGGACUGAAGCUGGUCAGGGAUCAGAAUAUUACGCUGAGCCUUUAGCAAAAUUUAAUUCUUUUUAUCAUCAUUUGUUCUUGCCACAUAUGAUCCGUUGCCUUUGAUUUCGAUCCGUGUUUAGUGUCCACAGUCAUUCACACAUUUGUUUUCAUUUAAAAAAAAAAAAGAUAUUUCUUGUGCCAAACAUGUCAAUGCAAUAAGGUCUUAUACACUGUGGUGUUCUCAGCCUUUCCCUGUGAUUUGACUCUUUCCGUGCUGAACUCUGGGAGAGGCUUCCUCUGCUGUGGCGCAUCUUUAACACUGUAUUGGAGGCGACGGGAAAGGCAUCCAGCAGAGAGUACGGUGUUCACUUGUAGCUGAUUUCAGAUUUACAGGAUGUAGCAGGUGCCGUGGGUGUCGGAAAAGACUUCAUCAUUUGCGUCUUCAGUUCACCUGUGUAUGCCUAUUAAAAAAAUAAAUAAAUAAAGGAAUUUAGUUAAUUCUGCUCAUGUAUAUUUAUCUUCUUACGAUAGGUUGCCUUAUAGUUUUUGCUUCUGUCAAAGAAUUCAUUAGAGAAAUCAAAGCUACUCACUGUUUAUGUGAUUAAGUGAACUUUGCUUUGUAAGUGGAUUCAUGUGAUUCUUUUACUUUUUUUUCUUUUUUCUUUUUUUGAACUUUCUCAUGAGCCGUCGAUUGUUCCAGCUCUUUUGUGUGGGUGGGGUGUAAGCUUAUGUGGGUCCCCACUACUGAUUGAUUAAUGCAACUUCUGCGAAUAAAACAUAUUGUAUUUA